CUUUUUGUAAGCAUGGCGGCGUCCUUGGUAGGCAGGCAAGCAACGCUUUUGUCGACGGCGAUUAGCAGAUGGAGUUCUGCAGUAUGCCUCAACGUCACAGCGAGAAGCAUUCACUCAACCGCAGCUUGCUAUAAGAACCGUGCUGCUCGUAUUCGUGUGGGGAAAGGUGACAGGCCGUUAACUUAUGAGCAGGCCCUUCAUCCCCAUCAGAUUGGCCAUCGGAAAGGUUGGCUUUCUCAACAUACCAGUAACCUCAAAGGAGAGGGCGGCGCAGCCGAAAGGACCAUUGAGGAUGUUUUUAUUCGACGCUUCAUCUUUGGCACUUUUCCAGGGUGCCUAGCCAAUGAACUUGUGAUCAAACGUAGGGGAAAUCUCCUGGUGAUUUGCGCCCUCAUGUUACAGAAACUUCCUCCGCAAAAGUUUUAUUUCCUCAUCGGUUACACAGAGACAUUGCUCUCCCAUUUCUACAAGUGUCCCGUAAAACUGGAGGUGCAGACACUGGAAGAGAAAGCAGUCUACAAGUACCUCUAAGAGCAGUCUGGGAAAAGAAUUUCAUGGGUGAAAUGGAAGGUUCUAAUUCUUCUGUGUGUGCUGGAAAAUCUAAAUAAUAUAUUAUAAGUCACAUGACAGCCACAAUGAGUGGUUUAGUACACCGCGUAUUGUGCGAGAUGUCCUAUAACCAAGUCUCAAAGUUUAAAACUUCAUUGUUAUUGGUUUACAAUAAAACAAUUUGAUAUUUCUCC